UCGAUAAUUCGGAGCAUGCGCAUACUCUUCGAUGAGCUGAAGAGAUUCUACUUCGAGCUCAUUACUACAAUUGUUCCCGGUCCAGCUAGUUGGAGCUAUCUUGUACCAAUUCUACUCUUGCCACUGGGGCUCCUUGUACCGCCUGCAACAUUGAGCCAUGGUCAGCUGUGUGCGAUCAUCCUGCCCAUCAGUGUCGUGGCUACUGUACACGCGUGGAUGAUAAUGGGCGCCAACGACGUCAUCUCGACAGAUUCGCUGUACUUGACACUGUUCUUGUACUACUUCAAGGAUCCGCGGCAAGAUUUCAGACGCAUUGUCAGAUCCGAUCCUAACGAACGCACGAAAGAGCCAAGAAUACCGCAGCCAGAUGGAAGCAGAGACAAUGAAGGGGCUGUAGGAUCGAAGCCGAUCGCAUUGAAGGCUUAUCCGAAGACCUUCACAGGCCGCCUCAAUUGGGCGAUGACGCUCUUACAAAGCCGGCCAUUGCACGACUGGAUUAUCGGCGAGCCAGGUCAUGACCGACGAGUCCUCCGGCCAUUCCAGCAUCCUAGUCGAUUCCAGCUCAUGGUCGACAUCUUCUCUCGCCUUUUGCCUGUGUUGUCAAUCCUCUUGCCGUUGUCCAAGCAACUCGCAGCGCACGACCCAUACUUCAGCGAUCCAACAUGGUCGAUCUUUGCUCUGUAUGGAGCUGAUCACAGCGAUGCAGGCAAGAUCGCGACCUUUCUGAGGAACUCGGUGCCGCCAUUUAUGCUCAGGUCUAUGACAAUGGCUAUGUACACAUACUCGCUCCUGCUCGGUCUCUUUCUGCCGCCAAUGCUUUUCGUGCUGCUGCUCAAUACACUGCGCUUGAUCCCGGACAAGUGGUCACCGCAUACGUGGCGACCACACUUUGGACCUUUCUCAGUCAUCGCCAAGUAUGGGGUGCGAGGAUUCUGGGGUCGCUGGUGGCAUCAGCAGAUGCGACACAUUGUUUCUGAGCCAGGCCGAUGGCUGGCAACGAAACUUGGGUUGGGCGAUGACGGUUGGCAGAAGACUGUCCGAUACAUGUUGGUCUGCAUAUCUGCGUUUACGUUGAGUGGGAUAACGCACUUGGGCAUGGUGCCUCCGAGUCCGAGGUUUUCGACGGUGGAUACGAAUGAGCUGCGGUUGAGUCUAGCGGGCUUUUUCUGGGUCCAGCCCGUGGGUAUCGCUGUCGAGAUGAUUUUGGUAGAGCCUGCUCUGCGCAGCUUUCCUGCGUCAAUGCGAGAAUUGCAGGUACUAUUGAGAGUUGUAUGGACGUUGUUGUUCAUGUGCUUCUCGUGCACUUAUUUGGUCCUACCGUUCGGGCAGUUGGGAUACUGGAGUAUUGUUCCUUCCGAGUUUGUGCCACAUUUGCUGUAGAAGCCCCGAACGCCGUUGACGGCCGCUGGAGAAGGGGCCUGAUUUUCUCUCGCCUGCGCGUGGAGUUGAGAGAGCUUACAUUAAUCCUCAGCUUCCCGAUCCUAAUCAUUCCAAGGCAUGAUUUACUAACGUAAUCCACCAUCGAGUG